UGAGCACCAGGUUCUCAGUCCUGGUGAAGAUUUGUGUUGGCAACAUGAUUGGCUUGAUUGUACUUGCGCUCCUGGGUUCUGCAGCCGCAGCUCCCCUGGACGAUAAGAUCAUUGGCGGUUAUGAGUGUUCGCACCACUCCCAGCCCUGGCAGGCCUCGCUCAACAUCGGAUACCACUUCUGCGGCGGGUCCCUCAUAAACGACCAGUGGAUCGUCUCCGCUGCCCACUGCUGGAUGAACCCCUACUCACAGAUCGCCAUCCUGGGAGACCAUCACAUCUGGGAGUACGAGGGCACGGAGCAGUACAUGUCCGUCGACGCCAUCUACUGGCACCAGAGCUACGACUACCAGACUCUGGACUUCGACAUCAUGCUGCUGAAGCUGGCCCACCCGGCCACCAUCACCGAUUUCGUCCAGCCCGUCGCCCUGCCGACGGCCUGCCCUGUGGCUGGGGACAUCUGCAUGGUGUCCGGCUGGGGAAACAUUUACACCGAUCAGGUGUUUAACCCCUUCAACCUCAUGUGCGUGGAGGUGCCCAUCGUGUCCCACCAGGACUGUGACGCCUCCUACCCCGGCCUGAUCACCAACAACAUGCUGUGUGCGGGCUACCCCGAGGGGGGAAAGGACGCCUGCCAGGGUGACUCUGGCGGCCCGCUGGUGUGUAACCGUGUGCUCCAGGGUAUCGUGUCCUGGGGUUAUGGUUGUGCCCAGCCCAACUAUCCCGGUGUCUACACCAAGGUCUGUGCCCUUAUGCCCUGGAUCAACGAGAUCAUCUCCAACUACUAGGAGCAGUCCAAGCCACCCAGCCCCGGAGUCACGUCAGAAAGCCUUCAGCAGACCGGCUCGUUGAUCAAUUUCAGCCAAUAAAACAUUGUCUCCUAAAUGUCUUCACGUUUUA